AAAACCGGAUGUUGUUGUGCGUGUUACCUCACGCUAUCAUCCUAAAGUCCUCCGCAGUUUGAGGAUCGCUGUGGUUCAGUCUGCUCAGUCUCACGAUGGACAGGAAACAAUGUUGCGUGAGUCUGUCUGUCCAGCCGUCCAGAGGACAAAUGGAUGAGAAGUUCAUCGUCCUCAUCCAGAAUGCCCCACCUGGUUUCAAGCUGACUGUCCACGCUUUCCACCAGUGUGAAGAUAGAAUCAAAUGGGAGGCGUUUGGUCACUACACUUCUGAUGCCACUGGGACUGUAAACGUUUCAGAGGAUCUCAGUCUGGGUGGGACAUAUUCAGGGGUUGAACCAAUGGGUCUACUGUGGAGCCUCAUACCAGUUCCAGGCAGCAAACCUGGACUCAGGAUGAGGAAGUUGAACGUCCAGACACCCAUGGAGGUCACAAUCUCAGUGUACCAGGGUCACCAGACUGAGGGGUUUGUGGAUCUAGUGUCGCUGGCGUCUGUGUUGGUGGAGCGCUGGCACAUGGCGCCUGGCAUCCGCAGGAUCCCAAUUACAGAGGAUGGACUAUCUGCAACUCUUUUUCUGCCCCCAGGACCUGGACCUUUCCCUGGUAUCUUGGACCUGUGGGGGGGUGGAGGGAAGUUGGUGGAGUACCGCUCAGCGCUGUUGGCCUGCCAUGGCUUUGCCUCCCUUGCUCUUGACUACCUGACAAAUAAAGUCACCAUUGAAACUGGGAAUUUCGUGGACAACAAGUACUUUGAGGCGGCCUACAAUGUCCUGCAGCAGCAUCCUCAGGUCCUUGGCAGCAGGAUCGCCAUGGUGGGACUUUCCUUAGGCUGUGCUAUCACCUUCAAAAUGGCUAUUUAUUCUGAAGUUUUUAAGCUCAGUUGUGCGGUGUGUAUCAGUGGGAGUCAUGUGCAGCCAGUUGCUGGAUCUUUGGAGCACAUUAUGGAUUAUUUUAAGGAAAACGCUUGGAAGACUCGUUUCAGUGAGGAGAACGAGACGAUUGUGCGAGACCUGCUGCUGCCCAUUACCACCGACACCUCAUUCAAAGCAGAUGUGGGACGACUCCAGUGUCCUCUGUUGCUGGUGGUAGGUGAGGAUGAUCAAAACUGGCCAGCCUACGAGUCUGCGAUGGACAUCAAGGAGAUGAUGGAGGGAGCAGGGAACAGCCACCUGCUGACUGUCCUGUCUUACCCGAACACUGGUCACCUUAUUGAACCUCCAUUCACGCCGCACACCAGAGCCAGCAACUUUAUGUCAGCCGCCUCACAUAAGUCAACAUACUUGUGGGGCGGAGAGAAGGUGGCCCACUCUCAUGCUCAGGAAGACGCCUGGAGGAAGAUGCUGCUCUUUCUGAGGGAGAAUCUGUAUGCUGGCAGAAACCCUGUUCUCACCUCUUUUUCCCACCUUUGAUGAAGUUGAUAACUAGAGGAAAUGGAGUUGCAACGUGAGAGAAAUUAUUUCAGUCUUACGUUAUGGAUGUUAAAAUCCCUUUAAUUGUUACCCUAAGACAAUUUUAUAUGUCUCACAGGUGAAGCACAUUCAUGGCGCAGAUUGGCAUGAAACCUUCUUGACUGAAUCAUCAGUACAAAAGAUGAAUAACCUUUAGAAAAAACACUCAUCAAGCACAUUGUCAGGAAUACUGAUACAGCUGCUUUACCCCUUGUAGACGAAUGUCGCAAAUUCGCCUCAAACCCCAUUCCGGUCUUAAUGCCGCCGAGGUGAGGUGAUGGGACAGCAAUGAUUGUACAGAAACAUAUGUUGUUAUUCAAUUCAAUCAAAAGCAGCAUCAAUAUAAUAAUCUACAUACCAGACACUGGAAAAUGUGUUAAAUUAAGGUUAGCCUCAUACCUAAAUUUAUAUCUAUUGUAUAUGCUAUAUUGAAAAUAACAAAUUCCACUUAAUUUAGCAUCUGUAUGACAGCCAAAAACACAAAUAAUAUAUUUUUUAAAUAUAAUUGGAAAUUAAUUCAUUCAUUAAUAAGGGGUUAAUCAUGCAGUUAUCUCAUCAGCCAGACAGCAGCCUGAUGCGUAAAAUCAUUCACCUAGAGGUCAGAUAUCUUUACUUAAUGUUCACAUCAUCACAUUGUUAAUUCAUAUGUGUUAAAACCAAAGCACAUGUUGAUUUGCAUAGCACACUCAGACAUAAUCAAGUGAAACGUAUGUUCAUUGAUAACAUGAGCGCCAUGUCGUGUGAAAGAUGCACCACAACACUGGUAGCUGCAAUUUUACCAUCUUCACAUAACAUCUGAGAAAGUAAAAGUCAUUGGCUGCUCGCCAAAAAGUUUGUUUCGUCCGAUGUCUGAACACAUCCUGAUCUCAUUGUCAAGAUGGCUGGCCACGGGGGAGUAAUGGGCUUAAAGCUUCAUUUGUCUGUUAUGAUUUACCAAUGUAUGUUUUUCCUGCUUCCGAAGUUUCUGAUAAUUUCAUUUAAGAAAUGUCACAGCUUUUGGUUGAUAAAUAACUACAGAAUACAUUUGCUGUAGAGAUCCGUUUAGGAAACUGUCAUCCAUCCUAUUUUAAAUGUUAUCUGACUGACAUACUGCACAGUAAUUACAUUAAUUAAAUGAUAAAAUAACCACU